GGGGACCGCAGACGGCUGGAGGGGACUCGGAGCCCGGAAGCUCCAAGCACCAGGCAGCGCACUCCUGACCAGGUAGAGCCUCACUCCUUCCCCACCUUGCAGCCAAAUGCUGUCUGCCUGGAAGAGACCCAUGUUCCUGUCUGUCUACGAGGAGCCUGUGCCCACCACAGCCUCGUUCAGCUCUGAAAUGUUCAACAUCACACCUCAAGUCCUCUCGUUGGCUCUUAACGGCACCCUUUCCCCGGAUGACAACUGUCCAGACACCACGUGGCUAGAAUGGAUCAAUGCCACCCAGGCCCCCUUCCUCUGGGUCCUCUUCCUGCUGGCCACACUCGAGAACAUUUUUGUCCUCAGCGUCUUCUGCCUACACAAGAACAACUGCACCGUGGCCGAGAUCUACCUGGGGAACCUGGCAGCCGCCGACCUCAUCUUGGCGUGUGGGCUGCCCUUCUGGGCCGUCACCAUCGCCAACAACUUCGACUGGUUGUUCGGGGAGGUCCUGUGCCGCGUGGUGAACGCCAUGAUCUACAUGAACCUGUUCAGCAGCAUCUGCUUCCUGAUGCUGGUGAGCAUUGACCGUUACCUGGCCCUGGUGAAAACCAUGUCCGUGGGCCGCAUGCGCAGGGUCCGUUGGGCCAAACUCUACAGCCUGGUGAUCUGGGGGUGCGCACUGCUCCUGAGCUCCCCCAUGCUGGUGUUCCGUACCAUGAAGGACUACAACAAGGAGGGUCACAAUGUCACCGUCUGCCUCAUCGUCUACCCGUCCCUCACCUGGCAGCUGUUCACCAACGUCCUCCUGAACCUGGUGGGCUUCCUGCUCCCGCUGGGCAUCAUCACGUUCUGCACGGUGCAGAUCCUGCACGUGCUACGGAACAACCAGAUGCAGAAGUUCAAGGAGAUCCAGACGGAGAGGAAGGCCACCGUGCUGGUCCUGGCCGUGCUGCUGCUCUUCGUGGUGUGCUGGCUGCCCUUCCAGGUCAGCACCUUCCUGGACACGCUGCUGCACCUCCAGGUCCUCUCUGGCUGCUGGGGUGAGCACGUCAUCGACAUCAUCACCCAGAUCAGCUCCUUCGCAGCCUACAGCAACAGCUGCCUCAACCCACUGGUGUACGUGAUGGUGGGCAAGCGCUUCCGUAAGAAGUCCCGGGAGGUGUACGGGGGAAGCUGCGGGAAAGGAGGCCGUGGGGCGGAGCCCACCCACACCGAGAACUCGUUGGGUACCCUGCGGACCUCUGUCUCCGUGGAGCGUCACAUCCACAAAUUGUAGGGCUGGACAGGAAGCAGCCAGUGAACCGCUGCCAUCAGGAUGACUUAAUGGGUGCGGGCACUGGGGGCCCAGGAAGGAGCGCUAGGCAUCCCCUAGCAUCCCUAGCCCAUCCACCUGGGCAACAAGUCAUAGCGCCAUUAUUCCCGCCCUACCCUACUACAUGAGCCCACU